CGUCAUCAGUAGAGUAGCACACAAACCAAACCCAAUUUUACCCUAAACCCGAGAGAGAGAGAGAGAGAGAGAGAGAGAGAGAGAUCAUGGCGGCGGCGGCGGCGAGUCUGGUGUCCCUGCCCCUCCUCUCGGCCAUCUUCGGCGCCGCCAUCGCCCUCCUCUUCCUCUCCGGAUACCUCCGCCGCAAGCGCGCCGCCAUCGCCCAUCUCCCCCCUUCCGCCACCGCCGCCGCCCCGGACCAGCCCAAGCAAGUUCGACCAUCCAACCAGAACCAGCCUAAGAAGGGACACCAGCGAUCUCACCACGCCGUCGAUAAGGACGCCGCAAAAAAGCACCAUCAUCUUGAUGUCAACACUUUGAGGGGGCAUACUGAUUCAGUCACAGCACUUCAUUUCUCCGAUGAUGCCUGCAACCUGGCCACCGUAUGUGCGGAUGGAGCUGUCAGAGUAUUCAGGGUUGAUGAUGUCUCAAGCAAGAGCUUUAAAAUUCUGAGGAUCAACUUGCCCGCUGGGGCACAUCCUACAGCUAUUGCUUUCUCACAAGGGGCAUCAUCAGUUGUUGUGGCAGCGCAAGCACUUUUAGGCUCAUCUCUCUACAUGUAUGCGGAUGUUGGUGCUCCUCCAGCUGGCGGAAACAAACAGCAGGGCAAGCUUUCUCCCCCUGAGAUAAAGUGGGAACACCGUAAGAUUCACGGCAAGGAGUCAGUGCUGAAUCUUGCGGCAGCUCGUGCAACCUAUGGGACUGGUGAUGGCAGCACAAUAUUGAUUUCUUGCUCUGAAGCAACUGAUAUCAAAAUUUGGCAUGGGAAAAGUGGAAAGGAGUUGGGAACAGUCGACACCAAUCAAUUGAAAAAUAAUAUGGCUGAUAUAUCCCCAAAUGGCCGUUUCAUAGCUGCUGCAGCUUUUACAGCUGAUGUCAAGGUGUGGGAGAUUGUUUAUUCAAAGGAUAGCUCUGUGAAGGAGGUCAAUAAAGUUAUGCAACUUAAGGGUCACAAAAGCGCUGUUACUUGCCUGUGUUUCGCUCUGAAUUCUGAGCAGAUUAUUACAGCUUCCAAAGAUGGUACAAUUCGAGUAUGGAACAUUAAUGUAAGGUACCAUCUUGAUGAAGACCCUAAAACCUUGAGAGUUUUGCCAAUUCCUCUCCAUGAUUCAAAAGGUUCUGUUUGCCAGUAUGAUCACAUGAGUGUAUCUCCUGAUGAGAAAGUUCUGGCCACGACAAGUGGAUCAACGCUGCAAUGGUUAUGUGUGGAAACUGGUGCAGUUCUUGAUACAGCUGAGAAAGCACAUGAAGGUGAUAUAACUGGCAUUGCCUGGGCUCCACGAACAAUUCCAAAUGGUGGAACUCCUGCUUUUGUUUUAGCGACUGCUGGAGUGGACAAAAAGGUGAAGCUGUGGUUAGCUCCUAAGGCUAUUUCAACCUGAAUGAGUGUGGUUGGAUCCUGGUCACCCUCUACAGCGCAGAUUCGGUGUGGGCACUGAAGGAAGAGAAAAAAACGAUGAAAGAUAAUGCAGAUAUGUUGCUUGAGUUGAGUCCUUACUGACGGGAGUCGUCAAACAUAACAUGCAGAGAGAGUUUGUGAAGGGGAGACACUGCACUUUUCUCUAAAUACAUAUCUGUCAACAUUUUGGAAAUAGGUUGCCUGCUGCUCACAAUUUUCCCUUUUCUUGUUAGAACAAAAGAAACUAGAGUGGAACUUGGAAGUAACUUAUCGAGUUCUCUUGCAUUCAGUAUGCAUAUGUUAGUUA